CAUUAUCCGGGCUGAUGCAUAUCGUCAAACAGCCUUGUUUUCUCAUUCUUUAGGGUGUUGUCUCUCUUGGAGUCUGUACUCCGGACAACUUACCUAGGGUUGGGCUUCAGGUGGUACAGAGAAGAGCCCGCCAGCUUUGGUCGGAUUAAAUGGUCUCGUGGAGCAUUUUGGGAGACUGAAGAGUUUCACGAUAAGAUGAACAGAAAGCAAACUCCCGCGUCGGCAAUAUCCCGUCCUCGCACAGCCUAGAGAUAGUGCUCUCGCAAACUGUCUAUAGACACACUACAACCUGACGACCUGACGCGUUCAUUCUGAUGAGAUUCUUUCGCACUGUUCGAUCGGGCAAAGUAGCGGUGCGGCCUCUCUCCCGAUCCCACCCCUUGAGAGCCCCAAGUCGCAGUCCAUUUCGGCCUACUUUAAUACCAAGAGUCCUCCUCGUGGCGGUUCAGAAUCGGACUAGGUCGCUACGAUAUGUUAGCACUAUGACGACUCGGCCAUCUACGAUGGACAAUACUAACACCAACACCGCGCCGACUAGCACUCCCGCCACGGCCGCCACGCCAGCCGCGCUGACAGAGCUCUUCGAAAAGGCUGAAGCCGGCUUCCCGCCGCGAUUCCGCGAGCAUGGAUGGUACUUGACCGUGAUUGCCUCGCUUAUCGGUUCAGGCCAGCAGAAGCUCGCUGGGAGCCUCUACACGCACCUAGUCGCCCAGCCUCAGUACCAGACGCCCGCCGAGCGCCAGGCCCUCAUCCGCCGCUUGCGCGAGGCCAUGGUCAAGUGCAUCAUCAUCAAUGGCAUCCCGGUCGUCAUCGAGGCCGUCACGUCAGUCUCGGAGGUCGAGAGGCCCGAGGACACGGAUCAGUCAUGCUCCCGCGAGGACUGGCAGAUUGGGCCUGAGACGUCGAAGCGCGCCGCGGCCGUUCUCAAGGUGCUGUAUAAGAGCGAGGUGGGCGCCCCCGUCGAAGUGCUACAUGCCCACAAAGAUAUCCCAUGGAUAUCGGUCAAUGUGUCCUAUGGCCUUUUCCUCUCGGACCAUCGCAUCCUCGAUAUACAGGAGACGGAGCUCGUCGUGUUACCCGCGAUUAUGACACAGAAUCUUCAAGACCCGACAUACUGGCAUCUGAGGGCCUGCUUGCGAGUGGGCAUGGAGCCGGAAGAGGUCGAGGCCAUCCACAAGGUCAUUGAGUUAGUAGCAGCCUAUGGGGGGAAGACGCUCGACGUAAAACGCGUCAAGGACGUGACGGAUGCGUGA